AUGGAGGAAAUACCAGUAAAAGUUGCUGUAAGAAUUAGACCUCUGCUAUGCAAAGAAGUUCUUCAUAAUCAUCAAGUUUGUGUGAGAGUUAUUCCAAACACCCAGCAAAUUAUCAUUGGGAGAGAUAGAGUCUUUACUUUUGACUUUGUUUUUGGCAAAAGUUCCACUCAAGACGAAGUUUAUAACACGUGCAUAAAGCCACUAGUGUUAUCACUCAUUGAAGGCUAUAAUGUAACUGUUUUUGCCUAUGGACAAACUGGAUCUGGGAAGACAUACACCAUCGGAGGAGGCCAUGUUGCUUCAGUUGUAGAUGGUCAAAAGGGUAUCAUUCCUCGAGCUAUCCAAGAAAUAUUUCAAAACAUCUCAGAAAAUCCUAGCACUGACUAUAAAAUAAAAGUUUCUUAUAUAGAAGUAUAUAAGGAAGAACUAAGAGAUCUUCUAGAAUUGGAGACAUCUAUGAAGGAUCUUCAUAUCCGAGAAGAUGAAAAAGGAAACACAGUGAUUGUCGGGGCCAAGGAAUGCCUGGUGGAGAGUGCAGAUGAAGUGCUGAGCCUCCUGGAGAUGGGGAAUGCAGCCAGGCGUACAGGUACCACCCAAAUGAAUGAAUACUCCAGUAGAUCACAUGCAAUUUUUACAAUCAGCAUUUGUCAAGUUGAAAAAAAUACAGAGGCAGCUAAAGAUGGACCAUGGUCUUCCCGUCGGCAAAUUGUCUCAAAGUUCCACUUCGUGGAUUUGGCUGGAUCAGAAAGAGCAACGAAAACAGGGAAUACUGGCGAACGGUUCAAAGAAUCCAUUCAGAUCAACAGUGGGUUGCUGGCUUUAGGAAAUGUAAUAAGUGCCCUUGGAGACCCACGCAGAAAGAGUUCACAUAUUCCAUAUAGGGAUGCUAAAAUUACCCGGCUUCUGAAAGAUUCCCUGGGAGGCACUGCCAAGACUGUCAUGAUCACUUGUGUCAGCCCAUCUUCCUCGAAUUUUGAUGAAUCCUUAAAUUCUCUCAAAUAUGCCAAUAGAGCACGCAACAUCAGGAACAAACCCACUUUAAACUUCAGCCCUGAGUCAGACCGGAUAGAUGAAAUGGAAUUUGAGAUUAAGUUGCUUCGAGAAGCUUUGCGAAGUCAGCAGGCUGGUAAUAUUAGCCAAACCAGCCAGAUCCAUCGAGAGGGGACUCCUGAUAACAGAAUCCUUUUUCUUGAGGAACAAGUAGCUCAGCUCCAAGGAGAAUGUCUGGGAUACCAACAUUGUGUAGAGGAAGCCUUCAGCCUCCUGGUGGAGUUAAAAGAUACUGUCAGUCUAAACCAAAAUCAGCAACAGAAGCUGCAGGAGUGGUUUAACAUGACCCAGGAGGUCAGGAAGGCAAUUCCCAGCUCAUUCAGAGGAAGCCAAGGCAUUAGAAACCUGGAAGAAGGAACACAGCAUAUUAGAGUUAACCAAUUGAAGCGAGAGCUGAAGAAAUGCCAGAAUGAAAAAAUAAUAGAACAACAACUUCUUCUGGAUCACCUGAGUGGAGAACCAACAAAACUUAACCUGUCAAUGACUUCUUCAGCUAAGGAAAUUUGUGGAGAUGGCCCAGAUGCCAGGAUACCAGAAAAGAGACCAUAUACUGUACCCUUUGAUGCUCGUUUGGGACGUUAUAUUUAUAUCCCAGAAAGAUCAGAUGCCAGGAAGGUCUACACAAGUCCUUCUAUGUACUCUCUGGAUCGAGUAGUGGCUGGAUUUCGAACACGAAGUCAAAUCCUGCUGGGUCACAUAGAAGAACAAGAUGAAGUCCUUCACUGCCAAUUUUCUGAUAACAGUGAUGAUGAAGAAUCAGAAGGCCAAGAGAAAUCUGAAAUUAGACAUAGAAAUCACUCACGGAUUCAGAAGCCAGGCUCUGUUUGUUCUCUUAUUGAAUUGAAUGAUAUUCAUGAUCAAACACAAAAGUCAAGUUUGAGGAAUGAAGAUUUAAAGAUUGAAUGUCUUCAGGAGAGUCAAGAGUUGAAUUUGCAAAAACUAAAGCAUUCAGAACUCAUACUUACUGAAGCUAAACAAAAAAUAAGAGAACUUACAAUUAACAUCAAUAUGAAAGAAGAUCUGAUUAAAGAAUUAGUGAAAACAGGUAAUGAUGCCAAGUCUGUAAGCAAACAGUAUUCUCUGAAAGUUACAAAAUUUGCCCACGAAGCAGAACAGGCAAAAGUGGAAUUAAUUGAGACAGAAAAGCAGCUACAGGAACUGGAAAACAAAGAUCUGUCUGAUGUUGCUUUGAAAGUAAAAUUACAAAGGGAGUUCCGUAAAAAGAUGGAUGCCGCAAAGCUGAAAAUCCAGGUCUUACAGAAGAAACAACAACAUAGUAAGAAGUUGGCAUCACUUUCCAUCCAAAAUGAGAAACGUGCUAAUGAAUUAGAACAGAGUGUAGAUCACAUGAAAUAUCAAAAGGUACAGCUGCAAAAGAGACUUCGAGAAGAAAAUGAAAAAAGGAAGCAAUUGGAUACAGAAAUUCAACGGGAUCAACAAAAAAUCAAAGAACUAAAGUUAAAAACAGAACUGGAAGAAGAUCUGAUUUUGAAAGCUGAGGACCUAGAUGCAUUUAAGAUGGAAAGAAGAAAAGGUUUGUUUGGAAGUAUAGACCAACUCCAGAAAUUGGAUGAGCAAAAGAAAUGGUUAGAUGAAGAAGUAGAGAAAGUUCUGAACCAACGCCAGGAGUUAGAGGAGCUAGAAGAAGACCUGAAGAAGCGGGAGGCCAUAGUUUCUAAGAAGGAGGCCCUGUUACAGGAGAAGAGCUACCUGGAAAAUAAGAAGUUGAGAUCUAGUCAGGCCUUAACCACAGAUAGUUUGAAAAUAUCAACUCGCCUGAACUUGCUGGACCAAGAGUUGUCCAAAAAGAAUGUGCAGCUCCAGAGCAGCACAGCUGAGGAGAAAAUAAAGAUUUCAGAACAAGUUCAAGCCCUUCAGAAAGAAAAAAAUCAGCUACAGAGACGAAGAAACAGUGUGGAAGAGAAACUUAAAAAUGGUAGCAUGUUAUCGCCUGAAGAAGAACAUGCUCUUUUCCAACUUGAAGAAGGGAUUGAAGCUUUGGAAGCUGCAAUUGAGUACAAGAAUGAAAGUAUCCAAAGUCGCCAGAACUCGCUCAGAGUUUCAUUUCAAAACCUUUCUCAUAGUGAAGCAAACAUCUUGGAAAAACUAAUUGGUCUGAAUCCUACUGAGAUUAGAGCUAUCCUUUUCAGAUAUUUCAAUAAGGUGGUUAAUUUGCGAGAAACUGAGCGAAAACUCCAGUUACAGAAUAAAGAAAUGAAAAUGAAAAUCCUGGAACGGGAUAAUAUGUUUCGUGAAUUGGAAUCUGCACUGGAACAUCUGAAAUUGCAAUGUGACCGGAGACUGACCUUCCAACAAAAGGAACAUGAGCAAAAAAUGCAGUUGCUGUUACAUCAUUUCGCAGAGCAAGAUGGCGAAGGCAUUAUGGGAACUUUAAAAUCAUAUGAAGAUAAAAUCCAACAGCUGGAAAAAGAUCUUUAUUUCUAUAAGAAAACCAGUAGAGAUCUUAAGAAGAAACUUAAGGAACUGUUAGGGGAAGCAGUUCGAAGGCCACUGGUACCAUCUGAACAUCAUGAUGCUGGAGAUGAAGUUCUGAACCCAGAAGAAGCAAGCAUGGUUUCAGAAGAAUUAAAAUGGGCAUCCAGAACUGAAAGUAUGAAAUUAAGUGGAAGGGAAAGAGAAUUAGAUAGUUCAGCAAGCAGCUCAAGAAAACAAACAAAUUCUCAGAAGCUCUGGGAAGACAGCCCUGAAUUACCUCCAAUUUAUAGCUCUUUAGCGCCCACUAGAGGGCAUAUGUUAAGCGAAGAGGAUAAAACAGACAUAGAUGACAAUCAGUUUACAAAACCUCACAGUCAACCACCACCUCAAAUUCAGCCAAUGGGAAAUGUGGGACAGCUUCAUGGUGUCAUGCCUGUAAAAUUGUGUCGCAAAGAGUUACGUCAGAUUUCUGCCUUGGAACUAAAAUUACGAAGGUCCAGUCUUGGAGUUGGGGUUGGUUCUAUGACUGCCGAUUCCAUUGAAAUAGCCAGGAAACCGAGUGACUUAAAAACUUAG